GAAUGAGAAAAAUCAGUUGAUUACUCGUUGACAAAAAUAAUAAAUGGACAUGCAGUGUAAUUUCAACUUUCUGCACUCAAUUUCACCUGUUUGUAAUCAAUUUUAACGUUCUGCACUGUUUGGGAUGAAUUGAGUUUUGACGUACUCUCUGCAGCCAGUCAGUGUUCUGAAAUUUUUGCAUUUGUAUCAUUUAAUGCGCAAUCAUAAAUCAAAGAAAAGAACUCAAAGAAAUCAAAAAUAGUUCAGUGGUGGUGCACUGCAUGACCAGGGGAGAUACAUAGAUCGAAGCACCCCAGGAACAAAAUACAACUACAAAAAAUCACUCUGGUGGUUAGCAUGGUUUGUAAAUUAAUUCUUACAUGUAGCCCCUAAGUUCCUUUGGACAACCACCCCCUGAUGUUGAAGACAGCCAGCAGCUAAUAAAUAUGUUCUGGACUAACCCCAAAAAACAUGUUUAAAGGUUCUUUCAAGGUAGAAAUAUUGAAAACCCUGCAAUGCUUGUUUUCUUUUCUCAGGCUGAACUAGUUGCCCUUAGGCAUGACUUAGUUGAGGAGAAAGCUGCGAAACAAGUGUUGGAGAAAGAAGUUAAUAAUCUGCUACUACAACUACAUGCUGUUCAACUUCAGCUACAUUCCAAUGCUGGAAUGCCCUUAGACUCUGAAAACAUCAAGAACAAACUAGAAAAUGAAAUGACUAGGUACAAAAACAAUGCAAUGAAAGAAGCACGCAUGGAUUGCCAAGUAAAACAGCUGGAAAAAGAAAACACAGCCCUGAGGAACCAUGUGUUUUCACUUCAAGGAGAGGUGUAUGGGGCACGACUGGCUGCCAAGUAUCUUGAUAAGGAACUAGCUGGAAGAAUACAGCAAAUCCAACUGCUUGGCCGUGACAUGAGAGGCAGUGAACAUGACCAGCUGUGGAAUCAAAUAGAGGCUGAAAUACACUUACACCGACACAAAACCGUGAUCAGAGCCUGCCGAGGCCGCAAGGACCCCAACAAUAAGACACCAGCACCACCACCACCCCCACCAGCCCAGGCUGAAGCCACUGUCGGUGAAGAAGAGGACGCUGAGAGUAAAGCUAGGAAGAGGAGAGGAAUAGGAGAACCCAGAACUGUAGUCAUCCACAAAGAUAAAACAGAGGGGCUAGGAAUAUCNCCUAUUACGGCUUUUCCAUAG